AGCAUAAGUGAAUUAUGGAAAACUCGGGCAGGCCUUACCGGGCCAGGCAAGGCGGCUGGGAGAGGGGAGCCGGUGCAGAGAAAGCAGAAAGCUGGAGGAUCCAGGACCAAGGUAGAGGACAAGGCUUCAGAUCAGAUGGAGGUCAGCAGGGCAGGAAUCAUGGCGGGCCGUACCGGGCCAGCCCCAAGAAGGGAGGGCUGAGUUUCUCCCCUGGUGGAUUCAGGGGAGGUCACAGCCCCUCGCAGAAAGAUGACCCGCGGUGGUACUCUGGUCCUGAGAGCAGUGGUGGAGGUCGAGAGGAUAACUGGAGGGAGCGUUCACAGCAGCACUGGGGAAGGAGUACCCAGGGGGAAGGUCCAAGGGAGGACAGGGAGCAGGGGAGGAGAGAGGACAAUGAUGGUGGACCUAAUAAAUCAGGGAGGAGACGGAAAAACAGAAACAAGAAGAAAACAUUCGCUGAAGAGAAUAGGGGCCUUGAAGAGUCCACACUCUCAGCCACAGAACUGCGCAGCCUUCAGCAAGCAGAGAGGCGUCUCAACAAAGAAGAGAUCUACCCUCUAAAGAAGAGAUCCCACAGCAACCCUGCUGCAUUGUACACCUGCGCUCUGUGCGACGUUCUCCUGGAAUCUGUGUCUGAUGCUUACAGGCAUAUUUGAGACAAACGGCA